GUAAUGUUCGUACAAACUUUCAUGAAAGCGGUUCCAUUGAUAUUACGUGGUGCUUUCUUAUUAUGUCACAAAUAUGCCAAUAGAUUUGAAAAGCAUGAUUGACAUCGUUAUUGAUUGAUUUUUAUUUUAUUUUUUAAAACAAAAAUUAUUUCCAAUCGUGUAUUAAUUGUGUAUGGGGACUGUUGUGAUUGAAAAUGAAUUUUUAUUAACCAUUGUCGAAUAUUUGUGAGACUGAUAAUGAAAAAAAUUUUCGGGUGAAACUUUACUGAUAAUAGUGACAGUUUAGAAAGAAAGGAGGUUUAAUGCAAGGAUUAUCCAGUCAACACCCUCUUACUAUCCAAUGAGUAAUAAACUUCAUCACUAAAACGAUGUCAUGAUUUCAACAACGACGUCACUUUCCACGACGUCUGUUUUAAAUGCUACUCCUUUAUCUAUAACUGAUAUAAAUGCUACUACCUCCAACUAUCUUUACUCCCCUUCGGCUUUAGAUGUCUUCAAUAUAACCAACAAUGUUACCAAUUUCACAGAGGGUAUAUAUCCAGUCUUCCCUAGUUAUAUUAGAACUACUUCUAUGGUGUUUUGUAUUAUCAUAAUGUGUCUUGGUGUUAUUGGGAACGUCAUGGUGCCCAUAGUGAUAUUUAAAACGAAAGAUAUGAGGAAUAGUACUAAUAUUUUUUUAGUGAAUUUGAGUGUGGCGGAUUUGAUGGUGUUGUUGGUGUGUACUCCAACGGUACUAGUAGAAGUAAAUUCUAUACCUGAGACGUGGGUACUUGGAAGGGAGAUGUGUAAAGCAGUUCCCUUUGUAGAACUGACUGUAGCCCAUGCGUCGGUGUUGACUAUCCUAGCCAUUAGCUUCGAACGUUACUACGCCAUUUGCAAACCGUUGAAAGCGGGUUACAUAUGUACCAAGGCCCGUGCAUCACUUAUUUGUUUACUAGCUUGGUUUGUGGCAGCUGUUUUUACCAGCCCAAUAAUUGGAAUAGCAGAAUUCAAACACAUUGAAUAUUUCGACGGAACCAAGGUACCAGCUUGCCAUACACUCGCCAACACGUUUUGGUCUGCUUUGUACUUCCUCGGAAGUGUUUUCCUAUUUUUUAUAGUUCCUUUACUUUUGCUCAUAGUAUUAUACUUUGUAAUAGCAAAAAAUUUGAUAUCAAAUGCCGCUACAUUAGUUUUAAAUAAACAUAUAGAUAAUUAUUCGAUCAGAGCUAGGAGACAAGUUAUUAUGAUGUUAGGAACCGUGGUACUAAGCUUUUUCCUCUGCUUAAUACCCUUCAGGGUAUUCAUAAUAUGGAUAAUCGUAGUACCAGAAGAAAGCGUCAUUCGUUUAGGUAUUGAAAAGUAUUAUAAUAUUCUGUAUUUUUGCAGAAUUAUGGUUUAUUUGAAUUCGGCUGUCAACCCUAUUUUGUACAAUCUAAUGAGUUCAAAAUUUCGACACGGUUUUGUAAUAUGUUCAGACACUAACAGGCACCUCUUUCGAAGAGCAAGAAACGGUACUACUAGUACUACUGCUACGAGAAGUAGUAGUACACUUAGAAACAGCCAAGACAGUUAUAAUUACAGGGUCUGCUAUAGACCUAAAAAUAUUAUUAAAGGCUUCAGUGAUUCGCCGGGUUCAAAUAAAAGUUCUGAUUCUCAUUCGGUUAUAUUGAAAGACGUGACUGCCUCCAAAAAUAGAUCUCUAAAAAACAGUAGUAUUGACGAAGAAUACGACGAUUUUGAUCUAGAAAACCAUGAGAACCCCGAUUAUAACGUUUUUACUGAGAAAGUUAUAAUGUACAGCCAAGACAGAAGGCAUGAAUUUAAAAACUUUUAUCAGGAAAAAUGUUAUAGAGAAAAAGAGGGACAAAUUAAUUUACAAGAAAAAAUCGUUAAACGAAAUCCAAAUAAGGAUGACGAAAGCUUUGUGUGAAAAUCUGCAUAUGUAUUUGAUUUUUCAGUUGGAAAACUUCCAUACAUAUUAGUCCAGUUAAAAAGUUCAUUCGGGAAAUUUGUUUUUAAAAAAGUCCGAGUUCUAUUUAUUUGAACGCUAACUAUAUACUUAUUUACAUCACUAGAAAAAAAGAAAGUAAAAAUGAUAUUAAUGAACUAUAUUUUCGGUAAUGAAACCAUUAGAAUUAGAUUACAACCGGGGGCGGUUAGUGUAUAAGCUGUAUUGUAGAGCUGUAAGAAAUUAUAAUUGAAUAAAAAUAUGAUAAUUAUUACACAAUUUAAAUAAUAAUAAUGUAAUACAACCUUUUGCUAUUACUUACCAAGUAAAUGUAAGUGAAUACCGAAACGUACGUUAGUUUAGAAAACAAUCUCCCGUAUAAAUAAUAAGAGUGAAGUAGGGAUCAUUGAUUCAUAUUAAUCUUGUGUAAUAACCUUUCCAACAAUGCAUAAUUCCAUCAUAAAAACCGAUGAAAUCAAUGGAAAUUUGAUCAAGACUACAAAGCUUUCACAACAUAAGUUUCAUAGAAACAUUGCAGAAAAUCUCAAAUCUGUUGCCACAAACCGCCACUAAUCACAACUACGAGACAUAUAUUAUGUUGUGAUUAGUAUUGAUUAAAGAUUUAUUUGAUGAUGAUAGAGAAGAGGUUCACAAAAUAAAAGAACCACUGGUUUACCUAGAUAUAACAAUAGAUAAAGUCAGGAAAACCAUUGCAAAUGCAAAAAAUGGAGAAGCUUCCGGGCGUGAUGGAAUACCUACAAAAUUUCUAAAAACUCUUGAAACCAAUUCCCUUAGAUUACUAACUAACCUGUUUAACGAUAUCUAUCAUAAAGGCCUAAUUCCAACGGAUGGGAUACUUUGAGCCAAUAUUUCAUAAUAAAAAAAGUGUUCGUCAAAAAUUGAACAUAAUACAAUGGAUAUUCUGGAUUAUAAUAAUUUCUUUGAAUUAUAAACACUUCUUCGCUUGUACCAUUAAAGGAAUAUUAUCUUAUCACUAAUCACUUCUAUUCGUAUUAAUAAAUUUUUAAAUUAUUCUUACCAUCAAUGAUUAACAUAAUUUCGAUUUUUUUGGCAUACUUUUCAAAAUUAACUGAUGUGGGUAAAUCCAAAGAGACAUUCGACCAGGCGUUUCUAUUGCAGCUUUUGAUUCCUAUAUUCGGUUUCAUAUAUAGCUCUUCCAAUAUCAACUGAUUGCCGACAAUUUUGUUUGAUGUACCAUAGGCGUAGAUACCUCAUUUUAUAAAUUUGUUAUUUUUAUUAAUACUUUUAAAAAUAUGUAUAUUUUAUGCGAAAAAGUUAAAUGAUUGGUUAAAAGGCAAUCGAAUCAUCAUAAAUUGGAUGGCACUAUACGCCGUUAUUUUUUACCCCAUUCGUCUAUUAGAACUUCGGUAAUCUUUUAUCUGACGUAAAUAAUCUUGUCGCCUUGAUGAUUCGGUUAUUGCCAUCCGUUUAUUCGGUUUUUUUGUUUAAAACCACAUGCUGACAAAACUUGAUGCAAUGUGUCUAAACUGGUAUAUUUGUAGUCUGGAUAAUUUGCUACCUUUUGCUGUAUUACUUCUAAUGUCGCAACCUAAGUAUGAAAUCUUGAGUAGCUUUGUCAACUGAUUUCAGUCUUGCUUUACAUGUUUUUCGGUUCUUUGAAUGAUCUACAGCAACCCUUUCCGUAACUACUCGAUAAAUUUAUUUAUUCUAGUUAAUUCAGCAUUUUCUAAUAUGAUGGCAUUAUCAGAUUACUGAAUAUUUUCCUUUUUUAAACAUUCUUAUUUCAUUGUCUUCAUUUGCCCAUGGUCUAAAGUGCGUCAUAUUUCUAUUUAUUUAAAGAAAUAUAUUGAUUAAAUAAAUCUCACCUUGCCACGCCACUGCUUAUCGCAGAUUGUCUAGAAGGAGAUUAUCAAAGAAAUUGUGUACAUACGCCUUCCGACAGCUUCGGCCCAUAUAAAUGUAUUUAUGUUUACGAUUCGAUGUUUUCAUUGGUAAACAGUGAUGGUUUAUAAACAUUAUUCUUCAUUUCUUAAUUCGAUAUGAGUGCCGUGCAUAUUUAUGAAAUAUUGAUUGCUCCUCGCAUAACUGUCUUCUGCAAUUGAUAUUGGAAGAACUAUACAUUGAUCGGGCACUCUUCAUAUUAUACAUAGUCCUUGAUGCCCCUUGAACGUACUUUUUCAACAGUCUUUUCGGCAAAUUUCCACAAUUAUUACACAAUAUCAUAUUAUGACGCAUAUCCGUCUUGAUCUAAAAGUUCUAAAAUUUUCUCAAUAAAUGAUUUUGUUUGAACUUCACAAAAUGUUUCUGCAGCGAAUAUAUAUUUACAAAAUAUUUAUAAUUAACUGUGAAGAAUAUACUACGAAACUAUUAGAAAUUAUUUCCGGUUUAAAUAUUAUUAUCGCAAUUUGAAACUUACUGCAUCUGAUUUUGACAUAAUUUAUAUUUCAACAAUUUCGAUAAAAUAAUCUACAUUACCAGGAUGGAAGAAUAUGUAGUUUCACUUUUAAAUAUUUUUUCGUACAUUAAUAAUUAAAAAAUGAGGAACGAACUGAAAAAUCAAAUACGCUA